AAAGCACUGAUUUCUGUCAAGUGUCAAGCUUAAUGAAUUGGUGAUUUGAACUGUAAAUAUGAAAUUUGUGAUGUGCUUGUUCGUUUCUUGCAUUGGCAUACAGGCUGCAUCAAGCAUAGGCUUGUUUGAUGUUGAGAUCGGAUGGAAAAUUAUUGAAACUGAGGCCCAGUUCGAUGAACAACUAAAGAAUGCUGAAAAUGGUUUGGUUGUCGUGGAAUUUUGCGUCAAAUGGGCAUCACCAUGCUUAGCGAUGGAACAAUUUUCAGGGAAAAUAGCUUAUAUACAUGAUAACGUUGUCAUGGUCAAAGUUGAUAUUGAGGAAAUGAAGGAUUUGGGCACAAGAUUCAACAUUUCUGCAGUGCCAGCAUAUGUUUUCUUGAAAGAUGGUGAAUUCAUUGAGUCUUUCCUCGGUUUUCAGCCAGAUCACCUUGAAAAAACCAUCAGCAAAUUGAAUAAAUGACAUUGUUUCACUGUGUUCUUUAUAAUUCGUUCAUGAGAUUUUGACUGGAAAUAUAAAUGCUACUGUUCCACAAAACUUUCCGAAUAAAGAAUAACAAUGAACGGAAA